CGGCCAGCAAAAGCUUCAGCAAGCAAGCAGCGACCUCAAAGUCUGCUGUGUCUGACUGGGUCCCGGCAAUGGGUGACGCAGGACCAGAGACUCAGUCACUACCAUCUCGAAUUGCCACCCUAGUCCACUCGCAUUUCGAUGGUCUGCCGAAGCGCAGCAAGCCCGUUAUUCGCGACGAUGGCACAGUCGAAUGGGUUCCCAUGACGGGCAUUGUUAUUGUCAAGGAACUGGCGCAAAAUGCCUCUCUGCGAGCCGAAUCCCGCAUUGCAAAGGACUAGUACUGCAUGAUUGCCACGCCGAAAUCCUCGCCAUGCGUGCUUUCAACUUCUGGCUUAUGUCUGAAUGCCACAGUGUACUGGCUCAGGAGGCCCAAUCAGUAGAAUAUACAAACAGACAUACAAAUGACUCUGCCUCACCAUAUAUCCAGCGCCGUCAAGCAGAUAUCUCAAACGCAAAUAUCAAAAGAGGACCCGAGCCUCCGUUCGAGAUUCAGCCCGACGUGCGAAUCUACAUGUACUGCACCUGUGCCCCUUGCGGCGAUGCAAGCAUGGAGCUCUGCAUAGCAGCACAAGACGACCCAACCCCAUGGGCUAUCCCAGCCCCAGAGACAGAACCCGACAAUACCCCCAGCGAUACCAACAAUGAAUCAACCAGAGCCACACCUCUCCUCUCCGGUCGCGGCGACUUCUCGAAACUAGGAAUCGUCCGCCGCAAGCCAGCCCGCGCGGACGCAGAGUCAACGAAGAGCAAAUCGUGCUCGGAUAAGAUUACGCUGCGCCAGGUAUCGUCUUUAUUGAACUACGAGACGAGUCUGCUUGUUGCGCCGACAGAGAAUGCGUAUAUUGCUGCCCUUGUUCUACCUGAGGAGGAGAUCACGCGCGUCGGGUGUGCGAGGUGUUUUGGGGAGGAUGGAAGGAUGAAGGGGCUUAAGGGGAGGGCGUGGCCCAUUGGGAAUGGCAAUGGGGCUGAGAUAGAAACUGGGACCGGGGAUGAGGCUGUAGUGGGUCCUGAGUCCCGGUACCGCUACGAGUUCCGUCCAUUCCAAGUCCUAUCCAUCCCAACCGACCAGCUCAAAUCGCAAUGGCCGUUCCGCAAGCCCAGAGCAAGCGAUCCCAUAUCGGAGAUUGAAUCAGACGACCAGUCCCAACCGGAUCCCGCGGCGACAAUGAAAAAGGCCAAACCAAGCAAUCUCUCAUCGAUAUGGGUCCGCGCCCCCACGGUACCGAUACCCGCGGAUGCCGAGGGCGCUCCGCGGACAGUGAUUGGGGAUACAGGCUCCAAAUCCUUGCCUUCCCUGCGCGGGUCCAAGACAGGCUUGUUUGAGAACAUCAUCAACGGCGUGAGGCAGGGCAAUAAGCUCUCUGCGCCGGGUUUACGAGGUGCGUCUGCGCUCUCGAGGGCGAAAUCCUGGAGUUAUUGUGAAGUGGUUCUGGGAUCGAUCUUCCCACCAUCUACGGAGAGUGCAGGCCCAGUUGAUGGAGACGCGGACGGCGGAAGGGUCAAUGCAGGAACAGGCCCGCCUGUGUUACAAACAUCAACAUAUCGCGAGUUUAAGGAGGCAGACCUGACGGAGACAAUCCGAGCGCGAAGAAGCGCUAUACAAAGUGCCAGAGAAGUUCUAGCGGGAUGGGUACCGAAUUCCGGUGAUGAAGCUUGGGGUUUAGAUGUGCUCGUCGAUACGAAGAAACGCAAGCGGUAAUUAGAAUAAUCGUUCCGCGUAUAAUUUAACGACUAUAAUGUCUAUGUUCCAGCAAUUAUGCCCAAUCAAGCUAGAACUUGAAACCGUACAUAACUUUCCAUACAGGACUAAUCACACCAUAGCCCGAGACCCAUUGCAGCGUGCAAUUGAUGUAAAUGAUUAAACAUUUAGGGAGUCAACCUCCUUGGCGGAUUGCAGCUACCUCACCAACGGCGCGUGCAGCGAAUUAAUAGAUUCCAGGGACAAUGCGGCUGCGGACCAAGGAAGUGUAUCGGUCCCAAUCCUUGCCGUACUUCCUCUUGCAUUUCUCCUCAUCACGUCGCUCACGGUGGAGGAGGAGAACACCAAAGUAGAUCAGGAAGUAGUAGGUGAAGAUGAUAGCGUACCCACGCGACUCCGGGGUCUGCACAGCCUGCCUCUCAAGCUCGCCGGUGGACGCAUUGAUCGACUCGAUAAUGACGAAGCCGGAUAUUCCAGUGGGGAGCGAGUACGACCACGACAUGAGCCAGUCGCCGAGGUAGUUGAUGUGGCGGGCCAUUCCCCACCAACCCGAGAUCAUCAGCUUGGAGCCCUGGGAAGUCUCAAUGUACUUGAUGUGGCUGAUCCGGGGGUCGUUGGGGUCCUUGCGGAAGCGGUUCUUUUGGUUGUUGGCGCCGCGGAAAAUCAUGUAGCCUACGGCUGUCGGGGCCAGGGCGACGGCGAUGCCCUUCAGUCCGAGCUCGUAGGGGAACAUGGCGAGGUACCGGGUCUGGAAGUUGUAGAUGAAAGGGACCCAGGCCAUGUCUCCGAAGGAAAGCAUGUAUCCGAAGCCGUCCAUGAUCACGUCCAUUGUCGUCAAGAGAGCCGGCUCCAUGUAGAGACCGUCGAGGACGUAGAAAGCCUGUAGUGCGGUUGAGAGGACAAUAGAGUCGGUGACGUAUCCGUAGGUUCUGUACUGGCGUGCAAUGUUGGACAAGUUCAAAAUAAUCCAUCCUAGCAAACCAGGCCGCAUCUCGCACCAGGUCUUAAUAUCAAUUGUUCGCGACGGCUCGUCGAUGAAUGGGAUUGGCAACUUUACUCGCGGGUUCAGCUCGCGCCCGAUGAAGAAGUCAUAGAGCACGUUGCCUGAAUGUCCGCCCGGUGCCAAUUGGCGAAGCUCGGGGUUGGGCUGACCUGGCGCAGGGACGGAGAAGCUCCCCACGUAGACAAAAAUGGCGAUUGACCAGCAUACUAUCAGGUUCGCGGUGAUAACCUGUGGAUAGUUGUCCCAAAUGAAUGUCCAAACAACGAAAUCGGCUCCAUGCACGUAGGUCCCCACAGCCAAGCCAGAGAGAAUGAUCAUGGCAGUCGGGAAAGC